AUGUCAAUUAAGGAUGUACGUUUUGGUUUCAAUUUUCUUACAGAUACAAAUAUCAAGGCAUGUAUGGAUUCUGUAAAAGAAUUGGAACUCACUUUUGCCUGUUUACCUGUGUCAAGUCUUAGGUUAAAAUCUAAUUCUAAAGUAUUAGAUCCAUCUAGUACCGUCAUGAAUCCUGAGUUUUGCCAAAAGUGGUGUCAUUGUGUUGUUGCAAGCAUUUCUCAACCUAAUGUUGAUUCGGAAAUUGAAAGUACCAGACUAGAAAAUCAAAAAUCUUUUACACAAGACAUUUCAUGGGCUUCAUUUUUAAAUGUGUAUUGCAUUAUGUUUGAGUUACCACUACAUGGAGAUGUUGUAAAUUUGGUUAGAUUGCUAGACAAUCAAAUUGAUAUAUAUAUCAAUUCUGCUGUAUUAAUACAGUUUUGGGCAUUAGUACCAAUAGUCAACUUAAAAACAGACCCUUGGAAAAAAUGGACUAAAUUCAUAUCAUCAAUAAGAAAUGUAAAUAGAAUAAAAUUAGCAUUGGAAAUUGGGCCUGAGCUACCUAGUGACGAAGAACUUGACCGUUGGUUAGGAGAGCCAGUUGCAGCUUUGAUAAUACAGUCUAAAAUAUUUAUGACCAAUAAAAAAGGUUAUCCAGUGUUAUCUAAGCCUCAUCAAGAAUUUAUCAAAAAAAUGUUCAAUAUAGGCUGUCAAAUUGUAAUAUCUGGACAGUUAGGUAUUAAACAACAAUUCAACUACUUAGGCCAUCUAUACCAAAAUACUACAUCAUUAACCCCUUAUAGUUCUGACUUUAUAAGCGGCUUUGAAGAUUAUCUUCAGACACCAUUACAACCAUUGAAACAUAAUUUGCAGUCGUAUGUUUAUGAGACAUUUGAGCAAGAUCCUAUCAAGUAUUAUGAGUAUCAAAGAGCAAUAUCAAAAGCUUUAAUUGAUAAAUAUGAAGAUAAAGUACUUGUUGUUUAUGUUGUUGGCGCUGGUCGUGGUCCAUUAGUAGAUGCUACUUUUGAAGCAGCUAAGGAAUCAAAUAUUAAAGUCAAAAUAAGUGCCAUUGAGAAAAAUGAAAAUGCUUUACCAUCAUUAUUCUUAAAAAAUAAAGAAAAAUGGGAAAAUCGUGUUACUAUUAUUAAUAAGGAUAUGCGGUUAUGGAAUCCAUCAGAAAAAUGUGAUAUUUUAGUAUCAGAGCUAUUGGGGUCUUUUGGUGAUAAUGAAUUAUCUCCAGAGUGUUUAGAUGGAGCUCAAAAUUAUUUGAAAAAAGAUGGAAUCAGUAUACCUUCAAGUUAUACUUCUUAUCUAGGACCAAUACAAUCACGUAAAUUGCAUGCAGAAAUAUCGUCCAUUAAGAGAAAUAAUGAUAAUUGUAACUUUCAAAAACCUUAUGUAGUACAAUUAAACAAUGUCUAUUCUAUAGCUCCACCAAAAGCCCUUUUUACAUUUGUUCACCCAAAAAAAAAUUUAGAAGAGAGUAAUAACAGAGAUGGGUUUUUGAAAUUCAAUAUCUCCCAAGAUUGCGUUUUGCAUGGAUUUGCUGGUUACUUUGAAACUGUACUUUAUAAAGACGUACGUCUUAGCAUUGUUCCAGAAUCAUUUAGUGAUGGCAUGUUCAGUUGGUUUCCUGCUUACUUUCCUCUAAUAAAACCAAUAUUACUUGAUAAAGGAGAAGAAAUUCAAAUCAAUUUUUGGCGGUGCAGUGACAAGUUCAAAGUGUGGUAUGAAUGGUGUAUGACAAAACCGUAUCAGAGCAUUAUACACAAUAUAAAGGGAGAAAUGUAUUUUAUGUCACUCUAA